AUGGUGAAUCCCAGGGAGGUAGUUGGCAUCUACACACAAUGCGCUGGCAAGUCUGGAUCGGCAACGGUUUGUGGCCCACGUUACAGCGUGCUAGAGUAUGGCCCAGCCUAUGCAACCGCCUCAACAAUGCUUCCAGAGGAAAAUCAUACGCAGCUGGAUCGUGUUGAGAUGCUGCCGUGGCCGCAAGCACGAUUGCUCAGCUCACUCGGGCUUCGCGCCCUGAGCAAGGAGGCUGCGGAGGAGGUGCUUGAGCUUCAACCCACGCUCACUGUGGAGGAAGGUGGAGUUGUUGAGGAGCUCAUGCAGUUUGGUAUCCGUGCUUGGCCGAAGGAUCCCGCUUGGCCUAUCGAACGCUCCGGGCAGUUGCACCUAUUCUUUCGUCCGUUUACGCUUUGGGAUCUAUCAGGAAUAGCUUUCUGUCAGGCAAACUGUGUACCAAUCGCCGGCAUUUCGUGCAGCGAUGGUCGGGGUCGUGAAUCUGCGGAUUGUCAGGUGAGGCCGAUUGUCAGGACGCCGUUUGAAAACGUCGUCCCCAUGCAAAGGAACACUCUCACGCUGGAGUACCCCGCCCAGAUGGAAGCGAUACCGGAAGACCGUGGAGACGAGGCUCACUUGUUGAACGUCUCGGAGCUGAGACUUCCGCGAGAUGGCUUCUUCACGCUACAGAUGUUGGCAGAAUACCUUGACAGCAAUGGAGUGAACCCCUCCUCGGCAUUUGUUUCGCCGUCGAUGCGAAGAAUCCCAGUUUCUGGCACUACGACUGGACGUAUUGUCGUAGACGGUCAAACCGGAAACGGUCCCCGUCCUUUUGCGUUUGAGCGACAGAAUGUGCUCAUCGUCCGGCUGAUGAUCGGAGUCACACUGCGAAGCCCCGCAGAGGAUGAGCCGCUGGACACGGAGCCCGAGCUCAAUGAUCUCGAUGAUAACUUGACUGAGGGGUCUUCCGUCCGGACAGUUCCUCGACCUAUGGUGCAGAUCUUGCUGCCUCCAGAUUAUACAUGCAGCGUGAUUGGAAAUGGCACGGCCGAUCCAGACGGGACAUUGGACAUGUUUCUCCGUGAUUUGAAUGACGAUGGGUAUGUGGACAAUCCAAUGGGAACAGUACUCAGCGGAACCUGGUCAGAUGAAGGGCCAAUUUGUUCCUUCACCUUGGACAAGUGGGCAGCCGUCUUCGCGAGACAGAUUUUCUACGUGCGGCUGUCUGUGAACAAUCCUCGGCAGGCGCUGAUGCGCACCGACCCGACAAAUGUGUGGCAAAUUAAGCUCUCCGGUGCGAAUGCGACGCUGCUCGGCGGUUUGGUCAACUUCAUAUCCCUGGCCGAGGAAGUGAAUUUGCCGGGCUGGGUUGGCAAUUUGGCCGUUCUUACUCCUCUUGAAGGAGAGUCGCUCCAGCCGUCCAACCUUUCUGCUGGAGCAACAAACGAGCUCAGCGUGUUCUUCCAGGUGAUCCAUGCGAUGCCCAGGUUUUCCCACCUUCUUCUGGACGCCCCGGAUGGAUUCGACUUUACGGACAACUGUAGCGUUGGCUCGCUGGAAGAUGCUUAUUAUGCCGACUGGGACGGAUUGCCGUGGGGGGAGACCGUCUUAGGACCUCGAGCUUUGACAAGCUCUCUUGGACUUGAUGUGAACUGCACCACUGACAACUGGAAGCGUAGUGUGUUGUCGCCUCCGGCGACUGCAAACUUUACCAGGGCGAUCCUGAGGAUUGGUCGCACACUGAUUUCUAACAAGUACUAUGCCUUCAAGGUCCGCGUCAUUAAUUCAGUCCAGUGGGACGCAUCGCACCAUGAUGACUGGCGAAUCUGGGUUCAGAGCCCGGAGGGCUACAUGGUUGACGGCUCAAAAUACACAAUACAGUUUAAUUCUGCUCGUAUUGACACACUGCCACAGUCCUACUGGGACAAGAGCUGGGGCGUGUACCAAGACCCGAUGCAGCUGCCAUUGUCAUUGGAUUUUGGGCAAAGCCUUCUGCUUCCCACGUCUGUUUUUGACAUGAGUACCCUGAUGACCGUGUAUCCUCUCACUCCAAGCAGUGACGGUCAGCUCAUCAACGUCCGUAUGCUCGCACCAGUUGGCUAUGUCUGGGUUCCGCAUGUCACAGAAGGUUGGCGAGGAUAUGUACCCAAUGUCACAUGUGAGUUCUGUGAACUCAUCGUGACUCCCCAAGUCCGGCUCUUUAACGAGCUGAUCCUGCCUGACCUUGUCAUGCGUCUCGGGCACCUCUAUGGUUUCCAAGUACGCGUGCGAGUUCCUGAAAGACCGCCCACUCGAUCUUUGAAUGCCUUUUACUUGGAGAUGGGUUUCGACCCUGGUGACUUCGACUUGGAUCGAAUGCAAGCACGCAUGCUUCUGCCUCCACCCCUGCGAGUUGUUUCCCAGGCGCGGGUGGACUCUCUCUGCAAUCUUGCAGGUUAUGCGGACAACAUCGUCGAGUUUCAUGUCCAUAUUGCAUCUCCACUUGAGGUGAACUCGGGCUUCUUGUUCGCUGGCGAUGAACUAACGAGAGGAACUUUGCUUCGCUGCUGGCCGGAGAUCCUGAUUGGGCCUGUUCUGGAUGCCACGAAUGGCCUUUGUUCAGUGACUGAGAACAUUGUCACAGCGUUGCCCGAGAUUCUUCUCUAUGUCAUUCGUGGUACUUCGCCGGCAGGCAUGCGUGUGUUCCGCUUCCGUCGAAGUCGCAAUCCUUUGCAGCCCACAAGCCAGGGGGGCACCUGGAAUUUCGGAACAUUUGCAGAUCUGCACAUGUACCCCAAGCACAAAGUGUUGGAUCUGGGCAAGGACAUUCCGGUUCCUCGCGUCCUGGCGCCACUGCUGGAUUCUGGAUUGCUGCAACCGCCGGUGUAUGAGGCUCCAGGCUAUGGGCGUGAUGAUGGACCACUGCGUCUCAACUUGCUCACCUUCUUCUUCAAGGUCCAGGAGCAUCCGGAAGUUCCCGAGAGCGUACCUUACCUCUACAUCGCCCUGCGCGGGCCCGCGGGCUUCAGCUUCGAGGAGGAUUGCUUUCCGAACCUUGUGGCUCUCAGUCCAAACCUGGGCUCUCGACAGUUUCCUUGCAGUGCAGCCCAAUUCCCAGCGCAGAUGUGGUGUCCGGGCAUCAUUGAACCUUGGCCGGAGAACUUGGAACCCGUGGCGUGCCUGGGAAUUCUCAGCAGCGCGCGGAUUUCGGUGCCAAAUCCCUUGGUGUUGCAAGCCGCAGCACCUGUGGGUGCGCCAGUUCCUGCUUUUGUCGACAACAGCAUGUAUGCCUUCAAGAUUCAGGUUCAGAAUCCAGAGUUUCAGGUUGAGUCGGGAAGCCAGUGGGCUCUGGACUUCGUGUAUGAAGCGGGCGUGCCGUUUGAUUCUCUGCCAGUGGCAACUUUUGAUCACGAAGAAACGAUGCUACGUCUGGCAUCGGCCCUGCACGUGCAGCCACUAUUUCAGACGGUAGACCAGCAGUACAUGGCUUUCC